AUGACUCGUUACAUUGAGCGAUUGCCAGAAGAAAUAUUAGUUAAAAUAUUCGAGUUUGUCGACGACACAGAUUUGCUUUCAAUCUCAAGAACAAAUAAAAGAUUCAAACGUCUCAGCAAAGAUGCAAUUCUGUAUCGUCACCGACUAAACCAAAACGCGUAUCGUCUUGAAACACUCUUAACUCUAGCACAACGCCGAACACGUGAACAACUCGCCAUUCAAAAUAUCUUGCGUGGCGUCUCGCUUCUCGAGCAACUAAGACAAGGACGAUACAUUAAUCACGCGCAACUGAUUUGCGCUUAUGAAGCUCAGUCCUUGUUGAAGCGGAGUUUCACAAGAAAUAAGUUGUCACGUAGACUUGCACAACGUCCCGAGUUACGCGUCUUGUUAGAGAAGAAUUUAGUGCCACAAGAAGUUGUUUGUACUCUUUAUCAGCGUAGAGACCGAGUUAUUAGAAAGAAAACUAAAACUAAAUUCUGGCUUGCCCCUUCAUUAGUUCCGAAAAUGAAAGCGUUGAAGAUUGCGUUACAACGAGAUAAACUUUCUAAAAAGUUGAAAAAUCGUCCAAGUGUUGAUGAUAUGCGACGAUGUGGAGUAAUGAAAACACAAUAUAUUACCAAAUCCUCGUCACUUUAUCCUUCUUUAUUGUCAUCACAACUGCUCCUAUUGAAAUCUUUUAAGCUUAAUGUGCUUGCUAAUUCAUUAACGCAUCGGCCUUCUUUGUCCUACCUGCUCGACGAAGUUGGUUUAUUGCGAUCUGACGCGACUACCGCGUCAAUGAUUUGUCCUGGGAUCAAAAGCAAAGUUCAAUUUUUUGAACAACUUAAUCAUUAA